GGUGGAGAGGCCCCGGUGGCCCACCCAAGAGCCACCUCUGUCCCCAGCCCGCUGGCCUCACUGAUGUCUGCCUGAGACCCAACAGUGCCCCCCGAGCUGCCCACUGCCGCCUCCUGGUCCCUGAGGAGCUCUGCAGAAGACGACUCCUUGGACAGCAGGUGGCUAACGGAAGCAGCCACAAGCCUCCGCCACAGCAUGGGCAGCGCCAGCCCAGGCCUGAGCAACGCGGCGUCCCCCGGUUGCCUGCUGCUGUCCUCAGAUGUGGCACUGCGGACAGGGCUGGAGAAGGCAGCAGCGUCGGGAGCAAUGGGCCCUGAGAAGCAGGAAUGGAGUCCCAGUCCCCCCGGCACCCCUGAGCAGGGUCUGUCUGCAUUCUACCUCUCCUACUUUAACAUGUACCCCGAAGACGGCAGCUGGGUCACCAAAAUCCCCGAGGCCGGUGCCGGGGAGGACCGCCCAGAGGAGCCAGAGCAGUGUCCAGUCAUUGACAGUCAGGCCUCCGGGAGCACGCUGGAUGAGCACUCUCUCGAGCAGGUGCAGUCCAUGGUGGUGGGCGAGGUCCUGAAAGAUAUCGAGACAGCAUGCAAGCUGCUGAACAUCACAGCAGACCCUGGGGACUGGAGCCCUGGUAACGUGCAGAAGUGGCUUCUGUGGACAGAGCACCAGUACCGGCUGCCUCCAGCGGGCAAGGCCUUCCAGGAGCUGGGCGGCAAGGAGCUGUGCGCCAUGUCGGAGGAGCAGUUCCGCCAGCGCGCGCCCUUGGGAGGGGAUGUCCUGCACGCCCACCUGGACAUCUGGAAGUCAGCGGCCUGGAUGAAGGAGAGGAGCUCGCCUGGGGCCCUUCACUACUGCGCCUCCACCAGCGAGGAGGGCUGGACGGAUGGUGAGGUGGAUUCGUCGUGCUCCGGGCAGCCCAUCCACCUGUGGCAGUUCCUCAAAGAACUGCUGCUCAAGCCUCACAGCUAUGGCCGCUUCAUCCGCUGGCUCAACAAGGAGAAAGGCAUCUUCAAAAUUGAGGACUCUGCCCAGGUGGCCCGGCUGUGGGGUGUGCGCAAGAACCGGCCGGCCAUGAACUACGAUAAACUGAGCCGCUCCAUCCGCCAGUAUUAUAAGAAGGGCAUCAUCCGCAAACCCGACAUCUCUCAGCGCCUCGUCUACCAGUUUGUGCAUCCGGUCUGAGAGCCACAAACUCCAGAGGCCUACAACCUGCCACAGGCAGCCACAACCUGCCACAGGCAGCCACAACCUGCCACAGGCAGCCACAGCCUGCCACAGGCAGCCACAACCUGCCACAGGCAGCCUCUCUCUGGAUGUCCUGGGCCUCUCUGCUCAAUCUGAAUCCAGGGGCUGCUGGUAUCCCAGAAUCCAAGGUCCCAGACAGACAGCCGCCACUGAUCUGGGAGUACACAUGAGUUCUCUGGGUCCCUCUUCAGGCUGUACAUGGGCCCCUGGAGAGUGAGGGAGCUAGGACCGUCCACAAACGGAGAACUCCCUCAGCCAGACUUGGACUGUGGAAAUCCCAGAGGAACCACCCACAGCACACAGGGAUUGGACCAAAUCAGCUCACAGGACAGUGAUGUCACUGGUCUCUGCUCCUGCCACCCAUCCCAUAUCCUACGUGGCAUGGUGCGAAGAGCUGUCUGCACCCUGCGCUGGGGGGGCCAGGGAUGCCCUAGGGAUGGAUAAUAAAGACAUAAGAUAACUGUCA